AUGGCCUUGCCCUUUGCUUUACUGAUGGCCCUGAUGGUGCUCAACUGCAAGUCAAUCUGUUCUCUCGGCUGUGAUCUGCCUCAGACUCACAGCCUGAGUAACAGGAGGACUUUGAUGAUCAUGGCACAAAUGGGAAGAAUCUCUCCUUUCUCCUGCCUGAAGGACAGACAUGACUUUGGAUUUCCCCAGGAGGAGUUUGAUGGCAACCAGUUCCAGAAGGCUCAAGCCAUCUCUGUCCUUCUUGAGAUGAUCCAGCAGACCUUCAAUCUCUUCAGCACAAAGGACUCAUCUGGUACUUGGGAUGAGACACUUCUAGACAAAUUCUACACUGAACUUUACCAGCAGCUGAAUGACCUGGAAGCCUGUAUGAUGCAGGAGGUUGGAGCGGAAGACACUCCUCUGAUGAAUGUGGACUCUCUCUUGGCUGUGAGAAAAUACUUUCAAAGAAUCACUCUCUAUCUGGCAGAGAAGAAAUACAGCCCUUGUGCAUGGGAGGUUGUUAGAGCAGAAAUCAUGAGAUCCUUCUCUUUAUCAACAAACUUGCAAGAAAGAUUAAGGAGGAAGGAAUGAAAACUGUUCAACAUGGAAAUGA